GAUGCGAUAGCACACGACCAUACCAAGUUGUAGCAGUCAUGGCCGCCGAGGUGAAACCCGUUGCACCCAUACGAUCGGCUCCGGGUCCAGCGCCAGAGACGGUCGACACAACAUAUUGGAAGACAUUCAAGAAUCAGCUUCUGCUCCCAUCGCCUCACAACGCCGGUAUCACGUCCAUCACCGUUCCCGACUACAACCCUUCAGGCUCGCAAGCAGACACUUUUGCAAUCACGAGUGGUAGCAGAGUACAGACGUACAGCACUAAGACGAGAAAAUUGGUCAAGACAAUCAGCAGAUUCGGCGUGGACGACACAGCGCGAUCAGGUGUUCUGAGGCGCGACGGCCGCAUUGUGCUUGCGGGAGGCGACAGUGGCAUCAUACAGGCCUUCGAUACAGGAUCACGCGCUAUCCUGAGACAAUGGCGGGGCGAGCAUGCACACAAGCAACCUGUGCAUAUCGUGCGGUGGAGCCCAAGCGUGCUCACAGACUUGAUGAGUUGCAGCGACGACCGAACGGUGCGCGUAUGGGACUUGACUGAAGACGCUGCAAAGUGGACUGGAAUUGGACACGAUGACUAUGUGCGCACUGGCGGCUACUUGCCAGGCCAUGGCGGAAAUAUGCUCGUCAGUGGCAGCUACGACCAGACAGUGCGUAUUUGGGACACGAGACAGAACGGCGGGCGAUCGGCCUUGACCUUCAAGUUUGGCAACAAGGUCGAGGAUAUACUCUCCCUCAACAGCGCAAGUCUAGCAGUCGCGGCGGGCAAUGAAGUCUCCAUCGUCAAUCUGGUAGCGGGACAGGCUGAGCAUGUGAUUCGUUCCCACCAAAAGGAUGUCAUGGCACUUUCUUCGGCGCAGAACGGGACGCGCAUAUUGACCGGAGCGUUGGAUGGCCAUGUCAAAGUGCACAACACCGCCAGCUGGGAGGUCGUCGCCGCUUUCAAAUACCCGUCGCCCAUUCUGAGUCUGGCGGUUGUGCCGGGAGCAGCUAAUAGCGAUGGCGAACGAGACGAUAGGCAUCUGGCAGUCGGACUUCAAAGCGGCCUGCUGUCACUCCGAACACGAUUGGCAGGCGCGGAAAAGGCGAAGGUGCGAGAGAGAGAAAAGAAGAUGGCGGCUUUGGUGGCAGGCGAGGCGGACGAAUACGAGCGGAAACAAAAAAAGAAGGAUAUGCGACAGGGCAUUCGGGCGCGCGAUCGAGGCAAAGAUUUCAAAGGCGAGGGCGCCGACAUUGUCAUCACUGGCAACGACCGCCCGCGCCAAAAGAAGCUGAAGUCCUGGCAAAAGAACUUGCGUGCAGGUGAAUAUGCGAAAGCACUGGAUGAGAUCCUGCCGGUGUCCGGCUCUAAACAACACAGUAGAGACGAGCUCAUGACCUUGAUCACAGUCUUGAGACAUCGGAGUGCACUGCGUACGGCAUUGGCCGAACGUUCGGCAUACCGGCUCCUCCCCAUCAUGACCAUGGUGCACAGAUAUGUCGGUCAUCCACAAUACAUCAAUCUGAUGUACGAUGUUCUGCUGGUCAUCUUGGAUCUUUAUAGUCACAAGCUUGGCGAUUGGCAGAUGGAUGAUGGCAGCGAGAAGGAUGUCGUUGCUUUGAUACACAAAAUCAAGGCUAAGGUCAGGCAAGCGGCCGAUUGGGCCACAGCUGCUCACCGCACAUUGGGUAUGGUUGAUGUGCUCGAGUCGGGUUGAAACAAGCCUCUGCCUCCCGUUCAGGACGAACUACACGAGCUGCAGGUGACGACACAGGAGCCUCCUUGAACAGCUUGAUGCUAAUCCCCAACCGCGCCAGAAAGGGGAAACACUGCAGCACUGCUUAGGCAGAUACAAUUGCACAUAUUGCCGUGGAAUUGCCAGUCUCCCGCACGUCGGUGCACUUCAUGUAGAAAGAUGCUGGCAUGCUCUCGCUAGCACGUGCGAAGCACGCACGAGGGAUAUUUCCAGCAAGCCACUGGUCUCCAAGGCUCCAGGAAGUUUUAUCUCGACUUCAUCGCAAGCAUAAUGGCGAAGGAGAGAGAGCAUUUCGAGCGACGGCGAGCUAUCAACCAUCUUUGAGGAUCCGGAAUAGCUGAGGAAGGUAGAAGAGACAGCGCAACAAGAAAGAGCGCUCUGCUUCAAUAAUGAUUUCAUGGCUCUACCCACAUACUCCGAGCUGCAAUUGCCGCUGAUUCACUGCCGCCCCCGCAUGUUCCUCAUCGUUGUGGAGCGAUGCCCCUGCAUGUCGCUCAUAGGCCAGCGGCUGUGUCGGAGUUUAUGCGGAGCACAUCGGAGGCAGUUGCUCU